AUGGCAACGCCCAGCCUACAGGGAUGCCUAGUGCGGCUGGCGAACCCACAGAAGCCUACACUGAAGCCCAACAAACCUCUCUUCCUAGCUAAUAAAGUUGGAGAACGGUGCUGGGAGAAGGGCGAGGCAACAUGUAUCACAGAGAUGUCGGUGAUGAUGGCUUGCUGGAAGCAGAAUGAACUCCGCCACAGUGCAUGCAAAAAAGAGAUCCAGGACUUUUUUGAUUGCUCUUCGAAGGCUCAGGAAGCCCGAAAGAUGAAAUCAAGACAAGAGACUUUGAGAGAGUUUGGAAGUUUACCUCCCAAGAAAAUGAAUAGGUUGUUACAGAGGUUUCCUAAUAAACCGUACCUCAUAUGAAAAUAGGAAUGCAUUUUCAGUCAUUGUACUGUCAUUUCUGAGAACAU